CGGUACUUCCGACAAAAUGGUACAUGUCAAAAACGCUAUUUGACCAAAUCCUUUUCGAUGCCGUUUUUUCUGUUUACUGUUUUUUUACCAAUCCCUUUUUUUAAAUUUUAUUUUUCCUUUCAAACUUCAACGUUAUCCCCGCUUUGCCCCUCACACCCUUUUUGUUCUGUACCAUUUUGUCGAAUACCGUUUAUAUUUUUCUUUCAAUAUUUAUUUUUUCCGUUUUUCUGUAUUCCUUCUAAAUAUUUUUCUCUAUUUUUUUAUUUUUACUCCUUGGCCUUUUUUUAUAAAAAAAAUAUUUUUCUUAACAUUUUCUCAACAAUUUAUUUUUCUGUUUGUUUGUGUUGUUUGACGUUUCAUUUUUGCAACUUUUGGAUUUUUGUAAAAAAUACAAAAAAUACUUAA